AUGGUGGCUUUUGCUUUGGCUUCUAAGGUUCUGUGGCUGGUGCUUCUGGGUGCACUUAUCUGUGCCUCAGAGCCCAGAAAGAUUGUAAGAAAUGGGGGAGACAUUAAGAAUGAGAAUGAGAAUGAGAAGACAUUGCCCUUCCAAUUCUUUCCUGGAUUUGGUGGCGGGCUUGGCGGCGGCGGAGGGUUUGGUGGCGGCGGUGGCGGUGGACUAGGCGGUGGUUCAGGCUUUGGCAGUGGAGGUGGAGGGGGUUUUGGGUCUGGAAUUGGAGGGCUCGGAAGUGGAGGCGGCGGCGGGUUUGGCGGAGGAGGUGGCGGUGGAAUUUUAGGCGGCGGAGCCGGAGGAGGAAGCGGUGGAGGAUUUGGCGGUGGACUGCCCUGA